AUGACCUUAUUUAUUUACAUUAUGGGAUCAUCUGCAUUUUCCAAUAAACAACUGAAUUUAUCUUCAACAGUAACUUGGAAUCGAAACGGAAUCACAUUCGCUAAUAAAUCCAUCGUUGGCAUAGAACCGACCACCAUAUUUAUCAAUACAAAUGACACGAUCUAUAUCGUUAAUCGGGACAAACAGAAAAUCUUGGUUUGGAAUGACAGUCAGAGUCUAAAUCCAACGAGCGAGAUUCAAGGAAACUUUACAAAUGUCACUUCUCUAUUUUUAGCAUCAAAUGAUGAUAUUUACAUUGAUGAUUAUCAGAGUGGUAAUGUGGUAAAGAGAUGGAAAUCAGAAGAAAAUACUUUUGAAACGAUGAUGUAUGUCAAUUCAUCGUGUUAUGGCCUUUUCGUCGAUCUUAUUGAUAAUGUGUACUGUUCGAUGAGAGAUGAACAUCAAGUGGUGAGAAAAGACUUGAAACUCGUUUCGAUGGAACCCGUUCUCAUCGCUGGGACAGGUGUUGGUGGAUCUGCGCUCGAAGAACUUGAUAGGCCUCAUGGAAUUUUUAUUGAUAUAAACUUGGAUUUAUUUGUGGCAGAUUAUGGAAAUCAUAGAGUACAACUAUUCGCACUUGGAGAAAGCGAUGGCAUUACAGUUGCAGGAGAAGAUUCCGAAUACUUGACUAUUUCACUCCGAGGUCCUACUGGAGUUUUAUUAGAUGUCCAUAAGUAUUUAUUCAUUGUCGAUUCAGAAAAUCAUCGUAUAGUUGGAGAAAGGCCGGAUGGUUUCCGAUGUUUAGUUGGAUGUUAUGGAGUGGGUGAUCAUUUAAAUCAGCUAAAUCGCCCAUCUUCUAUGAGUUUCGAUAGUUUUGGUAAUAUGUUUGUUAUUGAUACAAGUAAUCAUCGCGUUCAAAAAUAUAAACCGAUGAAAAUCUCUUCUUCUACUUCGAUCAAUCAACCAUCACUUUGUCAAAUACCAACUAUGAAUCGGAACGCAAUUGUGUUUACUGAAGAAUCAUUUAGUGGAUGGGAACCCGGUUCCAUAUUUUUUAAUGCAAACGAUACACCUUAUAUCAUUGAUCGAGAACAAAGAAACAUCCUCAUAUGGAAUCGCAAUAGUCGUAAUAUGACAAAUAUUGAUAUAGGCAACUUCUCAAGGAUCAAUUCUCUGUUUCUAAAAUCCAAUGGUGAUAUUUAUAUUGAUGAUGGCAAAAUUGAAUCUACAGUGAAGAUAUGGAUAGCAGAAACAAAUACUUUGAAAUCUGCUGUGGAUCUAGUUUCAUUUUGUUCUGACUUGUUUAUCGAUAUCAAUGACAAUUUGUAUUGUUCGAUGACAUAUCGGCAUGUGGUGGCGAAAAUAAACUUGAAAAAUAGCUUUGCAUUCAAUCAGCCCAAAUUCUGUUCAAAGUCAGUUUGGAGUCAAAAUGGAAUGACUGUUGCAGAUCAAUUCACACUUGGUUCGAAACCAUCAGCCCUUUUUAUAGACAAAAAUAAUUUAAUCUACUCAAUUAAUCGAGAGACAAUGGAAAUUUUAGUUUGGCAUCAAGGUAAUAUCGAACCAACAAAGACUAUUUUUACCGGUUUCUUCAACUCAUCUUCUCUAUUUGUUGCAUUGAAUGGGGAUAUUUAUAUCGAUAAUGGAGCGCAAAGCUCAGUGAAAGCUUGGAUUUUGAGUAAGGAAGUUUUUAUUGAUGCGAUGAGUGUCUUUUCAUCCUGUACCAGUUUAUUUAUUGAUUUGAACGACUAUUUAUAUUGUUCGAUGUCUAACUAUCACCAAAUUAUUAAAAAACGCUUGCACGAGCGUAUCAUGACAUGGACGAGUGCGGCCGGAACGGGCGUUAAAGGAUCUUCAUCUACAGAACUGAAUGAUCCUUAUGGAAUUUUUAUUGACUCAUCAUUGAAUUUAUACGUCACUGAUUGUGGAAAUGAUCGAAUUCAAAAAUUUCGACCAAACGUGAUAGAUGGUACCACAGAAGUAGGACGUGCAUUACCAGCACGAUUUCAAUAUUCACUCUCAUGUCCAACGGGAAUAACAUUGGAUGCUCAAGGAUUUUUAUUCGUUGUUGAUUCGAAAAAUCAUCGCGUUUUGAGAUCGGGAAUAAGUCAUAUGCGUUGCCUUCUCGGAUGUGAUGGAAUCAGUAUCAAAUCUACUCAAUUCUUAUUUCCAUCUACUCUUGCUUUCGAUAGUGAUGGAAAUAUGUUUGUGAUGGAUUCAGGAAAUCAUCGAAUUCGAAAAUUUCAAUAUUCACCUAAUUCUUGUGAUAUGUCAUCAGUUAUUCGAUGGACAGAGUUAAUCAAAUUAUCGAAAGAUAGUCAACUAUAUUCUCAAGAUUGUGAUAAAGAAAGUUAUUAUUUCGAAUCAUAUGAAAUCAAAGUAUCAGAAAAUCGUUAUUAUACGAUAUGGAGUGAUGCUUCAAUCGAUACAUACGGCUACAUUUAUGAGAAUAUUUUUGAUCCACUCAAUCCAACUGAAAAUCUUCUUGUCAAAAAUGAUGAUGGGGGAUUCAAUGAUCAAUUCAGAUUUGAAAUUCCUCUUUAUGAUGAUACUCUAUACAUAUUGGUUAUCACAACAUUUCAUCCAAUGAGAAUUGCCGAGAUUACACUUCAUGUGUCAAAAUUAGAAAAUGAUACGAUCAAACGUCUCACUACUUCAGUCAAUAUUCGAUCGAUCUAUUCAUCCGAAUUAACUGUAAAUAGUCCAAAAUAUUGUCGUGAUUAUAAGAAACCAAAUUAUUAUUAUGAAACAUUAGAAAUCAAUGUGAUGAAAAACGGAUCGUAUGUUAUUUGGAGUAAAAGUGAGAUGGACACAUACGGUUAUAUUUACAAAGAUAUUUUUGAUCCUUUACAACCAUUUGGUAAUUCAUUAACUCAACAUAGUGGCAAAUGUAAUCAACAUCAACUGAAAUUCUUUAUUGAUCUUCAAAAAAACACAAAAUACAUUUUAGUUGUCACCACAUACUAUCCGAAUACAACGGGAAACUUUUCCGUCUUUAUAUCUGGUGAAUCCAAUGCUACUAUCAACUAUUUUCAUUCAAAAUAUCGAAGUUGCUCAGUCGGAGAUCGUUGUCACUUUUAUUCGACAACAAUUGGUUUGCCACUUGAUGAUAUUUUACGUGGAGAAAUCCAACCAAAAAUUGCAUUAGCAAAUCAAUCGCCUUCAAUUCAAAUAAGUUCGGCUUUGACUAUACUGAUGUUUAUUGGAGGAAUCAUCAAUAGUCUUUUUUCAUAUUUAACAUUUAAAAAUAAAGAUACACAACAAGUUGGAUGUGGAUUAUACCUUUAUGUAUCAUCACUUACCUCUCUAUUGACCAUUUGCAUGUUCUUAAUCAAUUUUUGGUUCGCUAGUUUCAUUCAAAUCAACACAUCGACAAGUUUCACUAUUCUUCAUGCCGGUUGUAUCAUAAUCGAACCGGUUUUGAAACUUUUCCUGUAUUGCGAUAGUUGGUUAAACGCUUCUGUUGCAAUUGAACGAGCAGUACAAGUUCUCAAAGGCGCUCAGUUUAACAAAAAUAAGAGCAAACGUUUCGCUCAGCGGAUAAUUUUUAUUUUACCAUUGUGCAUCAUGGCAAGUCUUCUUCACGAACCUUUACAUCGAGAAAUGUCGAAAUAUGAGACUGAAACUGAUCGAGUCUAUUUGAAUAAUACUGAAAGUAUCACAAAAGACGUAUUCAACUCAGAAAAGAACAAAACGUCCAUCGACACGAUAUACACAAGUGUAACCAAUCGACAUGUUUGGUGUGUUAUUCGAUAUCCUUCAUCUGUGCAAACUUAUAAUACAAUCGUUUUAUAUUUUCAUCUGCUAAUUCCAUUUUUUGCUAAUCUAUUUUCCGCUUUGUAUAUUAUUUUCGGAUCUGCUCGACAACGAUCAGUAAUACAAACGAAUCAAACUUAUAAAGAACACGUUCGUCGUCAAUUCAGUGAACAUAAACAACUAAUCAUUAGUCCUAUUCUAUUGUUAAUCUUAUCGAUGCCCCGUGUGAUCAUUUCAUCAUUACCUGGAUGUAUCAGAACGUCGAAAAACCUCUGGUUAUAUCUCACUUCAUAUUUCUUUUCAUUUACGCCAUCCAUACUCAUCUUUGUGAUCUUUGUCAUACCAUCGGAUAUUUAUAUGAAAUCAUUCAAAAACUCUUUCACGACCAGGCGAGCUCGAAUCUAUAAGUAA